AGUUCUAACCCAGAUCGAAACUCAAGUCUGUAGAUCAUCCAUAGUGGAAAAACGACACUCAAGAUUAGGACCCCAGGUCUGGGGUUAUUAACGAUCAUGGAGACCAUAGUUAGUUUCACAGUAAACAUUAUUGAUAUCAUGUCCCAGUGUCUAAAAAUAUGUAUUUUGUUUUAUUUCAGCUGGACGUAACGAUAUGUGGUUCGACAUCGCAACUAAAAGAGCCUUUAGUUCCUAAAAUCGAAAUAAAGAGACAAACUAAAUAUUUUGUAUUCCAAAGAUUCAUACAGGGUCAUGCGAACACUUCAAAUGAUUUGACAAAAGAGCCAGAUCGUACAGAUUAUUCAAAUGAUGCAAACGCUUCUACAGAUUCAAAAACUUCUACAGACAUCGAUACUAGCACCGGAACAGCUGAAGUAUCUUCUGAAACUAAAUUAAAUUUACCAACUGACAUUCAAGAACACAAACCUGUAGCAAGAAGUAGGAUACCCCUUAGACACAAUUUUAUUGAGGAACUGCGUGCAUUUGAUAAAACUGGACAACAUUCUUCAAAUCAUCACCAUCAAGUUGAUGAUAAUGCUCAAACCAGUUAUACGGGAAAAUCAUUGGCAGAAAGACAAAGUGAGGAGCCAACAAGUGGGGAACGUGAUGUUCAAAAAUGGAACAUAAACCACAACAGAGUAACGAUUCAAAAUAUUAACAAUAACAGGGGCAUAUCCAGAAGUAUUGUUAAUAAGAAAAAGAGUAACAAGAAGAGGAAACCACUAUCCCUAAUCUCUUUUAAUCAAAUUCGUACUAAUAAUAAUAUUAACAACAACAACAAUGCUCCAGGUUCGCAUAACUACAACGCUGUUGAGGGCGUUGGAGUUGCCAACAGUAUGAAAAAUGAUAAAAGUAGCUGUUGGUUCGUUGUAUGCGUAGGUCUCUAUGUCAACGAUGCAAUAUUUAUCAUCCAUGAUAUUUGUUGCAGCGGUUAACGCCUCUAGUUACUAGGUUGUACGAGGUUCUGGGUAUUUUAAACGAAUUUAAGAUAGUACAUUUUCUAGUUUAGGUCUAGGUCUGCUGGAUGUAUCUACAGGCUUACCGUUUAACUGAGUCGGUUACUUGGGGUCUACUACCCCGUCUCCGCCCGACAUGCGACCGAAACCAUUACUGUCAAAUAUGUAAUGCUCGACUGAAUCAAAAGAUAUUGUCAAGCAUGAAGCUUCAAUGUCGUAACGUGUCUUGCUUCAGUUGUCGUUUAAGAUUAAGU